AUUUCCUUAUGAACAUUUCUGUGCAACAGAUAGUGCGCAGCUUCAGCUAAACAACACCACCAUAUUUGGCGAAAUUCUAAAACUUAUAAAAGCCAAAACGUGUUAUCUAGUUAACGUCUGAAAUCUGCCCUAAAACACUAGACUGGAAACAAACUAAAUGAGCUUGGCAACUAUCAAGUGUGCUCACGUCCAAUACUAGCUAAUUCACUCGAGGCCUAUUGAAGCAGGAAUCUCAACUUAAUUUACGACGAUUAUAUACAUACAGACUGAAUCGAGCAAAUCCCUUCACAGUGAAAUUGACAACAGGUAAGUAACUUGAAACAGAGAUGGCUUCAUGCAAAAGAGGAGAGAAGAGGAGAAAAGACAGAAGUGCAUCAAAAAUGGAGGAAACCGAAGACUCAACUGAAAAGAAAGGAAGGACAAGACAACAGAAAAAAUACAUUGGUGCUCAUGUCUCCAUAGCGGGAGGGAUAUGGAAAGCCGUUGAAGCAAGCGUAGAGAUGGGGGGCCACAGUUUUGGAUUAUUUUUGGGUUCCCAACGCUCUUGGCAAAGACCUGCACUUGAUCAGACCGCUGCAGCAAAAUUCCAGCAGGCUUGUACUCAACAUGGCUUUAACCCAACACACAUUCUGCCUCAUGGAUCUUACCUGAUGAAUUGUGGCUCUCCCAAGGAAGAUGUGCUUAGUAAGAGCCAAGCCAUGCUGGUUGAUGAACUCAGUCGCUGCAGUGUUUUGGGUCUCACUCUGUUCAACUUCCACCCCGGGGCCUCCAUUGACUCCAGCAAAGAGCAGUGUAUUGAGAGGAUCGCCGAAGCUAUAAACCAUGCUCACCAACAAAUACCUGCAGUCUGUACUGUUCUCGAAAAUAUGAGUGGACAGGGAACCACUGUCGGUGGACAGUUUAGUGAACUAAAGAGCAUAAUUGACCGUGUGCGAGAUAAGACACGUGUUGGAGUAUGUCUAGACACAUGCCAUGCUUUUGCAGCAGGUUAUGACAUUUCUGCAGCAGGAGGAGUGAAGGCUGUGCUUGACGAAUUUGACCAAGUGGUUGGACUGCACUACCUGAGAGCAGUUCAUCUCAAUGACUCAAAAGGUAAAUUGGGCUGCCAUUUGGAUCGCCACGAGGACAUCGGCCGUGGACAGAUUGGCAUCUCUGCUUUCCGAAACAUUGUGAACGACCCUCGACUUGACAACAUCCCUCUCAUUCUUGAGACACCUGGCCGCCCAGGUUUUGAAUAUGAUGAUCAAAUAAAGCUCCUGUAUUCUUUAUGUGAGGACUAGAAUGCAUGGGCCCCUCAUCAUUAGACAACUAUAAACAUUACGUGUUCUUUUUGAUUCUACACAAAUGUUGUACAUUUCAUAUGAGCAUAAAAUAAACAUAAAUUGCAUUU